GAUGAUUCUGCACUCGGCUCGUCGUGUCUGAGGAGGCGUCCAUCGCAGUCGGUUGACGGCUCAGAGAAAAGAUCCCGAACUCAUCGAUGCGUUAGAGGCUUUCUUCCAUCGAACACUCAUCUGCGGCUGGUUCACUCCUCCAGACUCUGAGCCAUGGAGCUGUCUGAGCUGCUGUACAACAAAGCGGAGUACAUCGAGACGGCUUCUGGGAACAAAGUGAGCAGACAGUCGGUGCUGUGCGGGAGUCAGAACAUCGUCCUCAAUGGCAAAACCAUUGUCAUGAACGACUGCAUCAUCAGAGGAGACCUGGCUAACGUCAGGGUGGGCAGACACUGCGUGGUGAAGAGUCGGAGUGUUAUCCGACCACCUUUCAAAAAGUUCAGCAAAGGAGUGGCGUUCUUCCCGCUACACAUUGGAGACCACGUCUUCAUUGAGGAGGACUGCGUGGUCAACGCAGCACAGAUCGGUUCCUACGUCCACAUUGGGAAGAACUGUGUCAUAGGCCGCCGCUGUGUGCUGAAGGAUUGCUGUAAGAUCUUAGACAACACUGUGCUUCCUCCUGAGACUGUGGUGCCGCCUUUCACCGUCUUCUCUGGAUGCCCAGGUCUUUUUUCAGGAGAGCUCCCAGAAUGCACACAGGACCUGAUGAUUGACGUAACCAAGAGCUACUACCAGAAGUUCCUGCCUCUCAGUCAGAUCUGAGACACACACUUUAAACCCUCAGCAGGGUCCACACCCUUUCCAGCCAGCUCCAGGUCAGGGUUGGGUCUUGACUGUCAGACUGAAAUGGACUUUGAGAGCUCACCUUCUAUCCAUCAUUUCCCAGAGGUCUUGAGUUUCUCUGACAAAGGAAAAACAAUUGGUCCUGUUUAGAUAUAUGAUGUGUGUGAAAAGCUCAUAUUUAAUGGAAUAUGGUAAAGCUGCAGGAGGCAGUUUGUAUGUUUGCAGCUCCAGAGUGUCUGUCUGAUAAAUUUGGAAAGACAGUGGGUUGUUAUCAAACUGCAAACAACACAGUCAUGUUUGCCCCCCCCAGCUAGUAUUUUAGGUUCCCAUGAAUCCUUUGCUUAUUGUUGGUUUAUUUAUGAUAUUUUUCCUGGUCGGUGUGCUCACAGAAACCCAGAGAAAGAGAGACGCCCUUGUGUGGGCAGCUGUCGCUCUCUGUCAGCAGCAGUGGGAGAAGAUGUGGAGGUGGAGGAGCUCUAAAGAAAAGAAGGUGAAGGGUGGAGGUGUUUGAAGGAUGUGGGAACACAGCUUGUAAGAUACUGUGUAACAUCCAUGGACCAAAGCAACAGCAGUUCUGUUUGAAGAUGUUGGCUGUACAGCAUUAUUCAUAUCCACAGAUCAUUUGGACACAAAGCAGUACACUGUUUGAGUCACCGCCAUUUUAUUUUUAAUGUUGACGAAUAUCUGCUCUCACCUUCACUGGCUUAUGUAACGUGUCAAUCUUUAAUAUGAUUGAUUACUUCAGUAUGUUUAAAAAAAAUCAAACCAACUAUAGCAUUGACUUGUCGAUGUUGCGGUUGAACACUAGCUCCUCCGUCACUUUCUGAGCGUCACCGGAGCCAGAAACUCAAAUAGUGAAGAAUAUAAAUAAAUAGAAAUGUUUAAACAAUC